AUGGAUCAGCCCGAGUAUCAAAAAAAUGUCGUUCUAGGCUUCCGCAAGGCCUGGAAGGCAGCCCCCUGGAUCCCAAUUUCCCAGAUGCAGGCGCACUCUUGUCGUGAAAGACCACUGAAAGGGCCGAUCGUGGUCUCUAAGGUUGACAUGCCUCCUCCAAAUGAAGAAGAAGGAGAAGCUCUUCGCUCCCAUUUAUGGAACCUCUUUCAAGCGACCAGCGAGGGGGUUGAGAAUUUUGAUCCCCUAGCCUCUUGCGUUUCCUACAAGGGUGAAUGGAUUGGAGUUCGAAAAGAUGUAAAAGACCCAAAGGCGCCACAGCCUGAUAUCAGCGACCAGGAAAAGUUUCGACAAAUUCAACAGAAUGUCGACAAUGACAAGACUAUUUUCUAUCUUUGUGGAGGGGCCUUCUUCCGAGCCGGUCCUCCAGGGGCUAAACUACUGAUCAAACAACUCGUUGAAAAGAGUGGAUCACGCGCAUUUACAUUUCAACCUCGUCUUGCACCCCAGUAUACCAUCCCGAGUAUCUUGCUUGAUAUUCUUGCUGCAUACUUUUACCUCGUGGCUCCUCCGCCUGGUGCAUUCCAUGAACCUGUCGACCCAAAGAAAAUGAUUUUCGUAGGCGAAUCGGGUGGAUCGCUUUGCCAUCUCCAUCUUCUCCAAAUCUUUCGGGCCAUGAUAAGAUCUGCUAGGGAUGCAACGCCAGCAAUUCAAUUUAAUGGCCAGACAGUCCCUAUUACAAUGCCUUUAGGCUGUGCGCUUAUUAGCCCUGGCGCCGAUUUAACACUUUCCCUUCCAUCCGUUAAGAAAAACGAAUGGUUCGAAUGGAUGUCGGAAGGGGCUCCUUGGGUCCAGCAUAACUACCCAGCAGAUGAGAUAUGGCCUACAAACCCUCCUCGCGGAGAUCUACACUGCGAUAACUCAGCACUAUGUCACCCACUCAUUGAUCCUGCCACGGAGACAGACUGGUCGGGGAUGCCCCCUAUGUGGAUCGCGUGUGGCGAGGAGACAUACGAGGAUGGAAUCAAAUUUCUUGUCAAGAACAUCCAUGCUUCUGGUGUGCCGAUCACGUUUGUGCAAUAUGAGUUUAUGCCACAUGUAUGGAACGUCAUUCUACCUCAGUUACCUCAAAGCCGUGACACGAUGAAGCGAUGGGGCCUGGCUAUUAAGGAAAUUGGGCAGGGCAAGCAGAGGGAUUCAAACGCGCAUUUCAUUAAACUGGGAAAGUUAGAGACUGUUCCAAUGAGCUUUGAAGAGCUAUUGGACAUUCCCAAGGACGAGGUCUUAAAAAGAAUGCGAGAUUCUCGGGAUAAGCUUGCUAAAUAUAUUUGGACUGGGUCAAAGGAUGGGCUUGCGAAGCUAUGA